CUCCAUCCCACGGAGAGGAGUUGAUGCUGCUGUCGCCGCCGCCGCCGCCGAAGCCGGGGCUGAUGGAUGCCAGGGAGUGCCGCAUUGCUUAGCGUCCCCGCCUCCGGGUUUGCUGACGCUCUCUCCCCGCCCUGGAGCUCAGCGCUGAAGAGCCACCUUAUUAUUAAUCAGAAUUCCCAUCGUUAUCCCUGGCAGGCGCAUCCUUCAGUAGGGCCCGCAGAAGCAUCACAGAGCUGGGGCUGAGAUGUGCGUGGGGGUUGUUUUUGUUACAUCUUGGAAGAGAAGAGGACAGGACCAAGAUCAGUGCCAAGCGAGCUGGGUGGGCUUGGGGGCGUUGUGUUAGGAUUGGGGAGAGACAAGGAGUGUUGGGCCCGCCAGAGGUCCACAUCUCUUUAAAGGAAAGGGAAGAGGGAACCAAAGUGAGGCAUUGUUUUUAAGGGGGUGGGAAAAGUUUAUAUCCCCCAGAAAAAAAGCUGCUGGAGAGCAGGAGCAACAGGGUACUAGUCUGGACACCAAGACAAAUAAUUUCCUGUACAGAAGAGGAAGCAGGCAUCAGUGAGGUCCAGAGGCCAGAGCCCGGUGGAGGCCAAGGCCAGGUUUGUUGUGGGACAGUCAGCAAGAGGAACGGAAGGUUCAGGAAUAAGCAGAACAAUGACUCAUUUACAAGCUGGUCUCUCUCCUGAGACCCUGGAGAAAGCUCGCUUGGAGCUCAACGAGAACCCAGACACACUGCACCAGGACAUCCAGGAGGUGAGGGAUAUGGUCAUCACCAGGCCGGACAUUGGCUUUCUGCGCACAGAUGAUGCCUUCAUCUUACGCUUCUUGCGGGCCAGGAAGUUUCAUCACUUUGAGGCCUUCCGCCUUCUGGCCCAGUACUUUGAGUACCGGCAGCAGAACCUGGACAUGUUCAAAAGCUUCAAGGCCACUGACCCGGGCAUCAAGCAGGCACUGAAGGAUGGCUUCCCUGGGGGCCUGGCCAAUCUGGACCACUAUGGCAGGAAGAUUCUAGUCCUUUUUGCAGCCAACUGGGAUCAGAGCAGGUACACACUGGUGGAUAUUUUGCGUGCCAUCUUACUUUCUUUAGAAGCCAUGAUUGAAGAUCCUGAGCUUCAAGUGAAUGGAUUUGUUUUGAUCAUAGACUGGAGUAACUUCACCUUCAAGCAAGCCUCCAAACUUACACCAAGCAUGCUGCGAUUGGCUAUUGAAGGCCUUCAGGAUAGUUUCCCAGCACGAUUUGGAGGAAUUCAUUUUGUCAAUCAGCCGUGGUAUAUCCAUGCCCUGUACACCGUGAUCCGGCCUUUCCUAAAGGAGAAGACUCGGAAAAGGAUAUUUUUGCAUGGUAACAACCUGAACAGUCUACACCAACUAAUUCAUCCUGAGAUCCUGCCUUCUGAGUUUGGAGGAAUGCUGCCCCCUUAUGACAUGGGAACAUGGGCAAGAACACUGCUAGACCACGAGUAUGAUGAUGAUAGUGAAUACAAUGUAGACUCCUACAGCAUGCCCAUGAAGGAGGUGGAAAAGGAACUCUCCCCCAAGUCCAUGAAGAGAUCCCAAUCGGUAGUGGAUCCUACAGUAUUAAAACGCAUGGAUAAAAAUGAGGAAGAAAACAUGCAGCCUUUGCUCUCCCUGGACUGAUAACUUCUCUGCACUCCCCAUGGAUUAGGAAUGGAAGGCCUCCAGACCCCAGUUGAAGAAAGAGGAAACUACAACAGUGCUUUUGACCAAUGUUUCCUGAGUUAUAGACCAACCAUCCUUACGUGUUCUUACCACUAUCCAUUGCCCUAUCAAUGGAGAAUGCAACUUACCAAGGCGGAAUGGGGAGUUGGGAAACAGCAACAAUGUCAUGAAACUGUACUAGAAAUCAAAGAACCUCAAGGCCCUUCUGUUUGAGAUGAGUAUUAUUAAGCAACAUUGAAAAUUCUGACAAAGUCUGCAAAAACAAAUGAAUGUUAAAUUAUCUUUUGUUAAUGCAUUCACUAUCAAUAUUAUUUUUGUUGAUUCCAUUUAGUUAACAUACAGUGUAAUAUUAGUUUUGGGUGUACAAUAUAGUGAUUCAGAACUCCAUACAUCCCCUGGUGCUCAUCGCUAGUGCCCUCCUUAAUACAUCCCCCAACUCAUCUCCCUUCUGGUAACCAUCAGUUUGUUCUUUACAGUUAAGA